AAARGUUGGCUGUGCCUUAUAUUAAGAAAUAUACCACCUUAUGAUGCGACAGGUGCUAUGAUUAUGAACAGUUGUAUAACAGCCGCAGUUAGAGGCGGUGUGAUGGGUGGUGGACUUGGAUUCUUCUUUGGUGCGCUGUUCUCGCCAAACAGUGGCUUCAUCGAGCCGACUACACCGGCGCCCAUGUGGAAGCAGGUUAUCGAUGGAUUCAAGGAGCAAGGUCGCGCAGGUAUUCGCAGUGCCAAGUCAUUCGCACUGAUCACACUGAUGUACAGUGGCACCGAAUGUGUCAUUGAGAAGGCUCGUGGUCGUUCAGACAAGUUAAACGCACUAUACGCAGGUUGUGCAACUGGCGCAGUACUGGCAGGAAAAGCCGGACCUAAAGCGGCAGCAGGUGGAUGUGUAGGUUUUGCAUUGUUUGGAGCGAUGAUGGAUCAUUUUAUGAGCCAU